CAACCAGCCGCUUCCCGGUUGCAGUCCCACUCUGCCUGUCGCUCAGCUCCAGCUGUCAGCCUGGGAUCCAGAAGCAAUUAAGAAACAGGGAAGUCUUUCCUCAGCAACACUUGAGCAAGUUUGGAGAAGCUGCGACCCCACACGCCCAGCCUCAGGACCCAGAGUCUCAUGGGCGGAGAUCCGUCUUACAGAAGCUUUGGUUCAAAACCCGUCUUUAAAGUCCAAUGCUGGACAAGACGACAGUGAUAAUGUGCAAUCAAGUCAACAUCAUGGAGAGGCAUUAAACUAAAGCUAAGCAUCUCCCAGGAGAGGGUCUGCUUAACUUCGAUGAAUCUUGUUAAGCUGAGAUAUUCAAAGUGGAGCAACUGAAAGAACUGAUUCCCACUCCCAGCAAGUUGAAUGGAGUGACCGACAAUGAGGGGGUGGACCAGAAUUCUGAUCCGGUUCAUCGGAAGACAGAAGAUUGCGAUCCUACGAGCGACUGUCUGACCAGCGAAAUGAAGGAUCUGCCUGUGCAGACAGACCAAGCGCUCCCACCUCUCACCGAGCGGAAGAAUGUUCUCCAGCUUCGCCUGCAGCAACGGAGGACCCGCGAGCAGCUUGCAGACCAAGGCAUCAUGCCACCUCUAAAGAGUCCAGCUGUAUAUCACGACCAAAGAAGAAGUCUGGAAAGAGCCAAGACAGAAGAUUACUUAAAACACAAGAUUAGAAGUAGACCCGAGAAAACAGACCUGGUUAAUAUGCAUAUCCUCCAAGAUACACCUGCAGAGGGUAAACUUCAAGCAACUCAGAUGAAACUGAAGAGGGCGAGGCUGGCCGAUGAUCUCAAUGAGAAGAUAGCCCAACGACCCGGGCCUUUGGAACUGGUGAAGAAGAAUAUAAUUCCAGUGGACUCCGCGGUGAAAGAGGCAAUCAAUGUUGGCCAAGUGAACUUCCCUAAAGCCCCCGACACAUUUUCCUUCGAAGAAGACAGCAGCAAUGAUGCUCUAUCUCCAGAACAACCCAGAAGUCAGGAAUCCCAGGGAUCAGAGAGCUUGCUUCCAGAAACAAAGUUCACUGAGUCGUCAUCACCUCUUGCAACCACUACAAUACAGUAUCUUCCUCACCUCUCCCAGCAGUGUGACUUAAACAGAUGUACACCUAAUAACCUGAUCAGACAGCCAGGAAGCCAAAACCAGCUGAAUGGCCAAGUUUCCACAUCAAUCCCAGUGCCUGCAAUAGUUAAAACCAAGCCAUCAUCAGAUGGGAAGAACCAGCGGCACAAGAAGCCAAAGGACACAAAGCCAAAGGUGAAGAAACUGAAGUAUCAUCAGUACAUUCCACCAGAUCAGAAACCAGAGAAGUCCCUCCCUCCGAUGGACUCGGCCUACGCCAGACUUCUACAACAGCAACAACUCUUCCUCCAACUGCAGAUAUUAAGCCAACAACAACAUCACCAGCAACAUCAAUACAACUAUCAAAAUAUUCUCUCUACUCCUAUGAAGCAGUCUGGUGAUCAGAUUUCCAGAAACACAUGCACCUCAGCCACUACCAUGCCAGGCAGCAGCCUAUCUCCUGUGAGAUCCACAAUACCAGGCCAAACCACCUGCUGUCCUUUGAAGCCAGGACCUCUUCCAUCCAAUCUGGAUGAUUUAAAGGUAUCUGAGCUGAGGCAGCAGCUGAGAAUACGAGGCCUUCCGGUGUCUGGCACCAAGACGGCCCUAAUGAAGAGGCUGAAACCGUUCCAGGAGUCCAGCAGCAACAACCUGCCAACCAACAGCACCAGCACUACCUUGUCCAGUUCGCUCGGCGAGAUGACCACUGCACCGUUCCCCAUGGCCCCCAUCACCUCCCUGUCGAGCUUUCAGACUCAGACGGCCACCACCGUGCUGACGAACGGCAUCUAUCAGUUUGGCAGCACCAGCUCCACCCCUCCCAUUUCUCCGGCAUCGUCUGACCUCUCCGUAACGGGAUCAGACUUGAGCGGUUUGCCUGACAGCUUCAGCGACGUGCCCGUGCCAUCACCGCAGCUCGGACUCCAGCCGUCGCCCGUUCCGCUGAGCGCCGAGGACAGUCUGAUGGGCAGCAUGAACGGGGGCAGCAUGCACGCGGAGAUGGAGGUCUUCGACACUCAGAGGGACAAGAUGCUGAUGGAAAAGCAGAAGGUCAUCGAGGAGCUGACGUGGAAGCUUCACAUGGAGCAGAAGCAGGUGGAAGAACUGAAGAUCCAGCUUCAGAAACAGAAGAGGAACAACCUGCACGACCACCAGCAGCCGCCGGCAGUUCAGCCGCUCUUCAGCGUGUCCGUGAAGCAGGAGAACCUGAUGUCCAGCUGCCCUUAUGCGGGGCAACAGGUAAACAGCCGGAGUGUGACGCCAAUGAUCUCCUCCACCUCCAGCAACAGUUCCACCGAGAGCUUGAAUACGUGCGGUACGCCACACAAGGCGGGCGUGGCCAACAGUCAGGUGUGUGGAGAAACCACAGAGCACGGCACGGUGAGGUCGCCGCCGUUCCUGAGCCCGCAGUGCUCACCGCAACAUUCUCCUCUGGGCGCCCUCGCCGGCAGUCCGCGGCACGCCAGCCUUCCACCGUCUCCAAGCAAUCACUUCCUUCUACCCGUCUCACCCGCCCCACUAAACGGUGAUGGGCGGAGUGGCUCACCACAUCAGCUUCAGUCCAUUCCAGCGUGCAACACUCAGCUCAAGAUGCAGGGCUCAAAGGGACAGGAUCCUCAGCAGCAGAACAGCAGUCCUCAAUUCCAGCAGCAACUCCAGCAACAUAUAAUACGACAGCAGAUCCUCAGGAAGAUGAAUGUCCCUAAUUCUCCAAAUCAAGUUGGUCAAAAGUUUGUCAUCAACGGUGCUUCCUUCUGUAACUCAAAUUCAAUCCUUAGCAAGAUCAAACAACCUCCAUCCUAUGAAGAUGCAGUGAAACAGCAAAUGACAAGGAGCCAGAUGGAUGACCUGCUAGAUGUGCUAAUUGAGAGUGGAGAAAUGCCACCUAAUGCCAAAAAUGAUCACCAUUGUGCUCAGAAAUCAGUGCCUCAAAUCACAGUCUCAUCGGGAGCCUCCACUGUGACUGUGCACAGGACUUCAUCAAGUCCUUUUAACCACAUGUCUCCCCCCCAGCUCUCCUUUGACCAUUGUGCCAGCAACAGUGACAAUCAACUUGAAGCCCUCCUUAACUCUCGCAGCUCUUUGAGCAGGGGAAGUGAUAUUACACUCCUUAAAAUCGGCAGUGAGGAUUCCCAACUUGACAGCAUCGGUGAGGGCUUCACCAGCAACUCCCGAGAAGAUAUGCUGAACGCUCGAGACAUCCUGGAAAACCCUCUCUCACCGAUGGAGACCCAGAUGUCACCUUGUUCCACACAUAGCCAUGUUAUCAACCUAGGUCUUACAGAAACUCCCCUGGAGAAUAUGGACUGGUUGGAUCUCACACCACCCAGCUCAACUGCAGGCUUUGGAUCAGCUGGUUCCUCCACUCCAAGCAUCUUCUCUGCAGACUUCCUGGACGUUACAGACCUGAACUUAAACACAACGAUGAACUUGCAGUGGUAACGUGCUCAGGGGACUACAAACUACUGGUAGAUUUAAAGCCAUUUAAACAGCAAAACAAAAUAGGAAGGAAGCGUGUCGUUUGUGUGUUGGCAACGGUAAAGUAAAUGGAAAACAGCAGUUGGCUUACAAGAUUAUUGCCCUGUGGUUAUUGCAUGUAGUAAUGUUUGAAUGAGUUGAAAGAUUCAUAAAAAUAUGUGUUACUGUGUUUUACUGGAAGCAAAGUGAACGCAGUCCAUCACAAAACAGAGGCACCUGCUUUAAUUCUACAUCCGACUAAAUUGGCAGGUGCGAUAUGUAGGUUAGAUAUACUGGCCAACUCUCAAUUUGGCGUUAUGCACACAACACCCAUUUCUUUGUAUAUAGCUUAAAUUUAUUCAUAACUUUUGCAAGAUUUUUUAUAAUUUUUAUUAAAAAAAAGAUUCUUUACUAAGCAAGCGAUAUUUGCUAUUCUGAAUAACGGAAAGUAUUAAAAUGCGUCUUUUCCGAACCACAUUUGCAAGUCACCUUUCUUUAUGCAAUUUGAUUCUUUGUUAUUGUGAAUAUAUUUUAUUGUUCACUUUGCACAAUUAAAAGUAGAAGAGUUU